UCUCAUCACAAUCAUCAUCAUCUUCUUCCUCUAUGCAACUCACGAAUCUACGGUGUAUCCUCCCCUCCCCCACCAGGCUCCAUUUUAUACUCUUUAAUUAAAACCCUUUCAUUUACAAAGCCCCAUUCUCUUCUUUUAAGCUAAAAUCCCCAUUUCCCAAAGGUUAAAGCAAUACAAAUCUGCCCCCGACCCCCUUAGUUCCAUCUUUUUCUUCUUUUCAUUCACUUUCUUUACUUACUGUAUCAAGUUUGAAUCUUUGUAAUCUUCAUUACUACGACUUUUUUGGUAAUAUAAAAAAAGGGAAUAUAGUAUAAUUUUAAUUUGUUGCUCUGUUUUUAGUGGAAAAUAAUAAUAGAUACUCUGUUUUUAUAUAAUAACCCCAUUUCUAGAGAGAGAAAGAGUGGUUUGGGGAAGCUCUGCUGCUCUAUUGUUUAAUGGAUAAAAGCUGUAAUUCUUCUGGUGAGGGUGAUUCUACUGCUACUUCAGCAAGUAGUAGUAGCAGUGGUAAUAGAGAUAUGUAUUUGAAGCACCUAAACAAAAUCUCUCAUAAGAUCUCGAAACCCAUUAGAAAACCUAUGUUUUUUGAAAACCAGAAUCCUCCGCAGGCGCAGACCCAACACGCUCCACCGCCUCUUCCUCCUCCUCCUCCUCCUCCGCCUCCUCCAGCUGGGCAGCAAAAUUUGCACCCUCAGCCACAGCAACAACCGCCGGUGUAUAAUAUUAACAAGAGUGAUUUUAGGGAUGUUGUUCAGAAGCUUACGGGUUCCCCUGCUCAUGAAAGGAUUUCGACUCCUCCGCCUAUUCAACAACCCAAGGCUGCAAGUUCACGGUUGCAGAGGAUUCGUCCUCCGCCGCUUGCUCAGAUAAGCAACCGCCCACCUCCGUUUGUGAAUGGUUCUAAUAACGCCGUUGCUGGUGGAGGUAUCGGUGGGUUUGUUGGCGGUCAACGGCCUGUUCAGGUACAGCCGUUAUCUCCUCUCCCACCGUUUCCGGCGGUGCAUGCGUCGGCGGAAUCGCCGAUCUCCGCUUACAUGAGGUUUCUACAGAGCUCAAUCGCUUCUGCUUCGACUGAUUCCGAUUCCAAGCGAUUCUCUACUGGGCUAUCACCACUAGCUCCGCGGUGGAACAACUUCGGUGCACCGCAGCAGCAGCCACCAUUUCCGCCUCCUCAGCCGCAUCAACAGAACAUUCCUCCGCCACCGACAAACUCCUCCUUUGUUUUACCACCGUUUCCUGCUUUUCCCUCAUCGCCACUUCCGUUUGGGUGUUUGCCGUCGCCAAGGUCGCCGUACGGUUUGCUAUCUCCCGGUCUUCUGCUUUCACCGUCCCGUCAACUAGGGUUUCAGCAGCUCCCUUUGUCGCCGACACUUCCAGUGGCAAGCCCGAAGUGGAAGGGUAUUUGAGGAAUUUCAUAGAAACAUUAAAAAGGUAAGUCUUUUAGGAGUUUUUCAAAAAAAAAUUGUUUUGUUUUUUAUAAUAGGAAUAUAGUUUAUAAUUUGUACAUUUUGGGGGAAUCAUUGGAUUAUAUUGAAGAGUAGAGUCUUUUAUGCCCAAAUAUGAUGUAGCUAGCUAUUAAAUGGCUAAUUAGGGGUUUGUUUUGUUGUACAUGAAUGUUAAAAG